AUGCGACACGUUGGCAGUGGGGAUCCUGGGCGCACGGCUCAUUUAUUUCCUCCACUGCAAGUUAUCUCUUGCACUGGAAUCUUCAACUCAGCAUUCCUGAUCGAAUUCAACAGACCCAACACUCCAGCUCCGUACCUGAAGUCUUUUGGAAAAAAGCGGGGCACUGACCUCUAUCAGCGAGCACGGUUUCAGCCGUCCACAUUCAAGAGGUCAUCUUUCAUCAAGACGACUGAGAGCAGAAGAUGGAAAAGGUCGAAGCUCUCGUAG